AUGUUAGUAUGGACUUCACCAGUUCUUCCCAAACUGCAAUCCAACGAUACUUCAAUCAACCCUCUGGAAGAACCGAUUAGUUUGCUUCAAAUUUCAAUAAUGACAUCGAUUCAUCCUUUAGGAUCUGCACUGGGAACGGUACUAAUGGGAAAAAUUCCAGAUUUGAUAGGACGUAAACGAUCAAUACAAUACUUGUCUUUAAUUUUAAUUCCAGCGUUUUUUGGUCUCUUCUUUGCAAAUAAAGUAUACUUAUUUUACAUUUUCCUAACGAUAAUAUCAACUGUAUUAUCGGCUGGGGCUGUCGUAGUACCAAUAUAUACAGCAGAAAUUGCCAAAGAUCAUAAUAGAGGAACUCUAGGAUACUUUCUGUCCGUAUCGUCAGUGGCAGGACAACUUUAUGCAUAUACUAUAGGAUCAGUUACGAAUGUAAACGUAUUUUUCUCGAUGUGUGGAUUACCUAUAAUACUUCUUUUUAUAUUUACAUAUUUUAUACCUGAAUCACCAGUAUAUUUAUUGUUAAAAGGCAAUAAAGAUGAAGCAAUUAAAGCACUAAAGAAAUUAGGAAAGUUUGUAGAUGUUGACAGCUUAGAAUCAGAUCUUUCUGAAAAACAUGAAAUGAUCAAACAAAGCAAUGAUAGGUCUGUUGUUGAAAUUAAAACUAUUAUUAAGAAAAAAUCUGUAAAAAGGGCUUUAAUGCUCUCCAUUGCUGUAGUUAGUAUUCAGAAUUUAGCGGGAGUGCAUGUAGUAUUGUCAUUUUUAGGAGCCUUACUAAAUGACGUUAGUAGCAGCUUAUCGGGUAAUAAUUUAGCAAUAAUAGUAAUAUCAUUCAAAUUUUGUUCAAAUUUUGUAGGCUUAUAUAUUAUAGAUAAAAUAGCAAGGAAAUUUUUACUGCUCUUGGCUAUUCUUUUUUGUGGAAUUUCUAUGUUUCUGCUCGGUAUUUUUUUCUACUUUAAAGAAAACGAGUACAUUUUAUCCCAACCUAUCAAACUCUUACCCGUACUAUUAAUUAUAAUUUUUGUUAUCAUGUAUACGUUGGGUCUUACUUCUCUACCUUUUAUACUAAGAACAGAAUUACUUCCCGACGAGAUACGAUCUGUUGGAUCUAGUAUUGCUCAACUGAUUGGUAGCUCAUUAAUGUUGGCAACAGCCUUUACCUAUCCGAUUGUAGCCAAGUAUCUAGGUGUACACUAUUGUAUGUUUACAUUCAGCUUCUUCUGCUUUAGCAGUUUUAUAUUAUUAUAUUUACACUUACCAGAAACGAAGGGGAAAAGUUUCCUAGAAAUAGAGAAUAUCCUUAGUACAUAG